AUGGCGUCGCAAGCAACAAACUUAAGUUCAGCUCUUGCUUCUCUAACCGAGGCUGAAGAAUCUUUACGUGAAUUAUCAUCAUCAGAUUUUAAUCAAGUGAAAUCAUUUGCUAAACCACCACUAGCUUGUCUUUCUAUAUUUGAAUGUGUUGGUAUUUUACUCGAACCUUCGAAACAAACAUGGGAAUGGACAGAUGACAAAAAACUAAUAGCAGUUGGUCAUAAUCAAUUUUUAAAACGUUUAUUUGAUUUGGAUAAAGAUCAUAUAAAUCAAAAACAAAUAACAAAACUCAAUUCAAUUUUAGAUCAAUAUGAAUGUCAACCAAAGGAACUUAAAAAUAUAUCGCAAUUGUGUUUUACAUUAGGUAAAUGGCUUCGAGCAAUACUUCUAUACACAAAACAACAGCAACAAACACAAUAA